UCAGGGCAUCGUCCUUCUUCGUUCGUUGCAAACUCAAUAAUAACAGCUUCUUCUUCUCUGUAACAAUGGAGGUAGAACCAAAAGAGCAGAAAACAUCGAGAAAAAAAGUAGCAGUGCUACCAUGGAUGAGAAAUCCAGUUGACGUUAGCUCGUUUAACAAGUGUCCUCUUACUCAGCUUCCGUUUCUUCACCCUAGGCUGGAAGAGGCUUUGUGCAAUGGUGGAAUUGAAUCACUUUUUCCUGUUCAAGUUGCUGUAUGGCAAGAGACCAUGGGCCCUGGCUCCUUUGAAAGAGAUAUUUGUGUGAAUUCACCAACUGGAAGCGGGAAAACCUUAGCCUAUGCAUUGCCAAUCGUACAGAUUCUUUCAACUCGUGCUGUCAAAUGUCUUCGAGCGUUAGUGGUUUUGCCAACUCGCGAUUUGGCUUUGCAGGUUAGGGAUGUUUUUGCGACUAUUGCACCUGCAGUCGGGUUAUCUGUCGGUUUGGCAGUUGGUCAAUCGUCAAUAUCAGACGAAAUUUCAAUGCUAAUCGAGAGACCGAAGUUAGAGGCAGGAAUCUGUUACGAUCCCGAAUCACGUCCCGUUGAGUUGCAAAGUGCCGUAGAUAUAUUAGUCGCCACACCUGGACGACUUAUGGAUCAUAUUACUAACACUAAGGGUUUUACACUUGAGCAUCUUCGUUUUCUGGUAGUUGAUGAAACAGAUCGAUUGCUACGUGAAGCAUAUCAAUCAUGGCUUCCUACAGUGCUUCAGUGUACCAGCUCUAGUGUUGAUGGUCUCUUUGCGUGUAACAGCAAUCCACUUUCUUUUGGUUUUGGUUCGUUAAAGACUACAAGAAGAGUUGGCGUUGAGAGGGGAUUUAAGAAUAAACCGUACCCGAGGCUUGUGAAGAUGGUUCUAUCCGCCACACUAACCCAAGAUCCGAGCAAGCUUGCUCAACUCGAUCUGCACCAUCCAUUGUUCUUGACUACGGGGAAGAUACGUUAUCAGCUUCCAGAGCACUUGGAGUCCUUCAAAUUGAUAUGUGAACCGAAGCUGAAGCCUCUGUACCUGGUUUCUCUUUUACAAAGCUUACAAGGGGAGCAAUGCAUUGUUUUCACAUCAUCGGUCGAGUCAACUCACAGACUAUGCACUUUGAUUAAAUUUUUCGGGGAUUUAGGGAUUAAGGUCAAGGAGUAUUCGGGUCAUCAACAUCAAAGUGUUAGAAGCAAGACAUUGAGGGGAUUCCGAGAAGGGGUAAUACAAGUUGUUGUUUCUUCCGAUGCAAUGACACGUGGAAUGGAUGUUAAAGGGGUUAGAAAUGUAAUUAAUUACGAUAAGCCUCCAUACAUUAAAACGUAUAUUCAUCGUGCUGGUCGCACUGCAAGAGCGGGGAAUCAUGGGCGCUGCUUCACCUUGUUACAUGAAGAUGAGGUCAAACAAUUCAAGAAACUCUUGAAGAAAGCCGACAUUGAUUCUUGCCCGACAUAUACGGUUCCAUCGGAUUCCGUACAGUCACUUCGUUCAACCUAUGAUGAAGCUUUGGAGAAACUAAAAGAGAGCGUUGAAGUGGAAACGUUCAAGAAACAAAAGGCCGGAAUCAAGUCUUCAAUCAAGAGGAAGCGAUGAAUCUCGCUUAUAAUAUUGUUGUAUUUUAACUCGUUUGAAUCAAGUUAUCUUAGUUUUGUGGUUGCAGUUAAUCAACUGCUUCAGUUUUGCAGUUCAUAGGGAGCCAGGUGAUCAGUUUCGGUUAAUUUGUUACUUCAUUAUUGCAUGUAAUAUUCAUCCCGUUCGGGUUUAAUUGCUUAAACAUUUUACAUUUGUCCUC